AUGACGGAAACAUACAAACCAGAACUUAAAACACCAGCGCUUUUUAAUUUUAGAUGGAUUGCUGAAAAAAAAUUUAAGAAGCAAGAGAUAGCGAGUCUUGGUUAGGCAUUGAAUAAGAAUAUUUUGCGUUAAAGAGAACAGUAACAAUCCAUUAAUGGUCUUUGGGAUGGCCAGUUGAAGGUUUUCCUUAUCCAUAAUAUUUUUCAAUAGGAGAACGUAACAAUUUUAGAAGAGCCUUAUCUGAAGCUCAUUAACAAGCUUGUCUGCUUGCUGGUUUAAAGUUUUUUAGAAUUAAUUCUGAAGUUGCUCCAUCAUAAUGAGAAUUUCAAAUUGGAAUUGCUCAUAGAAUAGAGGCAGGAGAUCAUUUAUGGUUGGCAAGAUAUAUAUUGGAAAGAUUGGGUGAAGAGUUUGGAAUUGAUAUCAAUUAUGAUCCAAAACCCAUUUAAGGAGAUUGGAAUGGUACAGGAGCUCAUUGCAAUUUCUCAACAACAAAGACAAGAGAAUAAGGUGGUUAUGAAUACAUUAAAGAAAUCAUGUUACCUCUUUUGGAAAAGAAUCACUAAAAAAUGAUGCUGUUGUAUGGUUUAAACAAUGAAGCAAGAUUGACAGGGAAACAUGAGACUGGAGAAUAUAGUUAAUUCUCUUGGGGAGAUGGAUCAAGGGGAUGUUCUAUUAGAGUACCCAUAAUUACAAAAGAAUUAGGCAAAGGGUAUUAUAUAAUUGUGUAAUUUUAGAUAUUUGGAAGAUAGAAGACCUGCAGCCAAUAUGGAUCCAUAUCUUGUAUGUAGUGCUUUGGUUGAUACAACAUGUAUGAAUGGGAAGAAUCUUAUGUCUCUUAUUGAAUAAUUUGCUGAAUCAUUAAAAUAAUUAUGA